AUGUCAUCGCUCACUAAAUUAUUGCAGGAGAGACGGAGAGAAUCGACGGCCGUGCGGAAUUUUGAGGAAGUGGACGCUGCAGGGGCUGCACAGAGCGUACGAGACCGGCAGAUCACGGUACUUGGCGUCCAAAAACCGCCACUAACACAUGUCUCCUCGAGCACGACGACCAUCACGCAGGUGGAUUCGGACACUGACAGCGACACAACGCCGCUUGGGUCGAAGGAUGGUGGGCGCUUUUCCAAAGCAUUCCUAGAAUCGAGUGUGGGAAGUACUAUCAGUUACGGGAAUGGUGGCGCUUUCUGCGGUAGGGAGCGCCAGAGCUUGGUACCAAUGGGUGAUUGUGUUAGCGGAGUCUUCAAAGGCUCUCGUGCCACUGGUUCGAGUGCAAGCGGGCGAAACCUUCCAUCCCUAUCCUCAAGCAUACCGUACUCCGUCCCAAAUUCAAAUAGUGGAGGUGAGCGAACUGGUACCAAUGGCGCCAUGAACAUGCCCUCAUCCUGGGUAGAAAAGUAUGGUAACCCACUCCCAAGGAAUGUUUCCGUUAUUGACAGCAAUAUCAUCUCCUCCCCUAAGGUUGACUCCGUGGAACCACGCUUCAUGAUUUCUCGACAAAAGCUACAGAAAUGUUCGACAGAUGCAAAUCCCGGACAUGCUAUACCGCAAUCGAGUUCUAUUUCGUCUCAGCUGAGCAAUCUGUUCACAAAGGCCGCUAAGGAUCCUCCGGUGACAAAUUGCAAUCCCACCAUACUUGCGGCCAGCAUCGCAAACAAAGAAACUACUGCUUACGGCAAAUCUAUCCCCAAACCAAUACACAUGAGGCGAGGGUCCAUCUAUUCUGCUUCUCGACAGAACUUUGGCUCAUUAAAUGACCCCUUUAUUGAGUCUCCAUCGCCGUUAUAUGACAGCAACAUGGGUCAGCACAACUAUCGGUCACGCCAUUCAUCCUUUGCUGAUUUGAAGAGAUUUUUCAAGCGGAGUAGCUCCUCCGGGCAAUUGAGUACAUCACCUGGUACUCCUCCGGCUUCAGCAGGCUCUCUUUCGUCACAAAGCUCAACCCAUUCGUCUUCGAUAACUUCCUGCUCAUACGGGAGCCAAUCAGGUGGUGAUACCUUAUUAUACAAUGCAAGUAUCGGCACACAAACCAUCCCAUUCUCGAAGCGAUAUUCCAGGACUGGAGAGAAACUUGGCGCAGGAGCAGGUGGCUCAGUGAAGUUGGUCAGGAGAUUGAAGGAUAACGUUGUUUUCGCUGUUAAAGAGUUCCGCCCAAAACAUGAGAAUGAAACAAAACGUGAUUAUAUCAAGAAGAUAACAUCUGAAUACUGUAUCGGAUCGACCCUGCGCCAUUCUAACAUCAUAGCAACAAUUGAAAUAGUAUACGAGAAUAACAGAAUUCUACAAGUCAUGGAAUACUGUGAUUAUGAUCUUUUUGCCAUUGUCAUGAGCAACAGAAUGUCUUACGAAGAGAUAUGUUGCUGCUUUAAACAGAUACUGAUCGGGAUAGGCUAUCUCCAUUCCCUUGGUCUAGCGCACCGUGAUUUGAAACUGGAUAACUGCGUUCUCAAUAGCCAGGGUAUUGUCAAAAUCAUUGACUUCGGUGCCGCGGUUGUUUUCACCUACCCACAUUCAGGCACUUUAGUGGAGGCCAGCGGAAUUGUAGGCAGCGAUCCAUAUCUCGCACCAGAGGUCUGUAUCUUCAGCAAAUAUGACCCCCGGCCAGUGGAUAUCUGGUCAGCAGCAAUCAUAUACGCAUGCAUGAUACUAAAAAAGUUCCCUUGGAAAAUCCCUAAAUUGAAAGAUAAUUCGUUCAAGUUUUUCUGUUCUGGAAGGGAUUGCGACUCAUUGAGUGCUCUGGUGACUCGGACAGCUGACCCUCCUCCGUACGAUCCCGCGGGGGACUCUUCCGAUAGAUCGCAAACCUGCUCAAAUAACCCCGCAGACCCCAACAACCCCAACAUUGGCCCUCAGCGAUUGUUACACUCUCUUCCAGAAGAGAGUCAUCAAAUUAUCGGAAGAAUGGUAUCUCUGGCGCCGGCUUGUAGGGCGUCCAUAGAAGAGAUUAUGGAGGAUAGUUGGAUCAAAUCCAUAGAUAUGUGCUACGUCGCAGGCGACAACGGAAAAUCCAUAUCAGCCAAAUCACACACACAUACUCAGGUCGACCAAAGCGAGGCCCACAUAGCUGGUCUUGAAAGGAAGAAAAGGGCCGCCAAAUAA